UUGAUUUUCUUUAUCUGUGGGAUGAAAGACCUGAACGAAUGAAUGAAUGACUUAAAAGGGAUAAUAGAAUACUGAUAACGUGUCCCAACAAACUCAGUAAUAUUAUUAAUGGUAUAUGUUAUGUGAUAAAAAUAAAACAAAUUGUAAAUUGUUCAUAGUGAUAAAGCAUUAUAAUAUCCAUUAACAGUGCAAAAACUCAAACAGUUCAAAAGAUACUUUCCGAUGUAAUUGAGUGUCAAGUUCAAGUCAAGUUGUUCUAUUAGGUGUUUGCAGCCAUUUUGAAAAUGGUAUUCAUCCGUGAUGAAUGAUAAAAUGCCUAAAAGCUGUUGGUAAUAGAGUUCCUGAAUGGCCGCGCAGGCCGCGGUGCAGUGGGCAAUUUAUUAUGGAAUUAUAAUAACGGUUUAGUUGCUGAAAAUGGAACAAGAACCUCAAGUGUUUUCUUCAAAUAUAACACGAAGUUCAAAACCGUUGAAAAAUGAUCUCACUGAUCUCUUAAAAGUUACUCCCGCUCAGCCUAUUGAGCAAAAAAAAUACGAGAAAAGGAAUACUUGCAAUUUUAUACCGAAAACUGGUAAAACUUAUGAACCAAAGAGAAAAUCAAAAUUUAAGGUUAGUACUGUAAGAGACGUUAGACACUUGUUUGAAAAGGAUGUCUACUCUACCUUACUGAUUGAUUUGGAGAAACAGCAAAAUGUUUUACUGCGAAAAAUUAAAGCUGGUUCCGCUAGAGAUGAAAAUACCAAAACGAUUACUAGAAAUAUUUUAAAAUCCGAUAAACCGGUGUCAAGAUCCGCGUGGCAAAUGUUAACAAAUCUAAACCCAGAAGAAUAUGCCCACCCUACUCAGUUUGUUUUGUGGAACGGUAAACGCAUUCGGGUCAACGGAAGCAGAGGAGGAUCGUGUAAAUUCUUGUGUAAAUACGAUCUAGCAAUGAGACAAUUCCCGAAAAAAGUAAAAUUCUCAUUAAUACGUAAACCUGUGCUAAAGAAGAAAGGUUUACUGCAAAACUCUUUGAGUGUAAAUUUUAAACCUGGGCCACUCAGAAAAAAGAUAUUUCUUGAUCAUUCCUAUCAAAAAUAUCAUGUUGGCGGGAUAGAGUUACAGAAUUUACCAAAACCUGCUCUUGAGAUUAAUCCAACCGUGGGGAAAACCAUAGAUCCCACGAUAUCCCAUUAUCUCCAAAACAUGCGUGAGGAAGAUGGAACAAUAACUGAGAAAUGGGCUGAGUUUUCAGUUUCCGUUUUGGCUACUGUGAAAAAUGAAAUUGUAACGCAAAUCGAAAGUGAAUGUUGUGUAACAUUCGAUCUCAAUUAUAAACGCGACCAACAACAAAUAUUAAUGCGCCGUGAUGUAAAUAAUGAGUUUAUGCCGUCACCGCUCGCUAAGAUUCUAGACGAUAGCCAUUGUUACACACAUCAGGAUUCAGUUGUAACAUCUGAAUUACAAAGUUUACUUAAUAAAAUUAUAGAUUCUGUAGAAAUCAGCUUAGAACAAGACAAUAUGUACACCGGUGAAGAUGAGCCCCGAGAUGUAAAAUCAGAGAAAACUGCAAACGUUACAACUGUUAUUCAACCUAAAGAAACCCGACUGAAACGUAAAUGUGGUGAACUAGAAAGAUUGGAUGUAACCAUUAUAAGAUUAACAGAAAAUAAUGAUAAUACAUCUCAUACGUGCCCUAAAGCAUGCUGUAGUAUGGGUUGUGUUUGCUCAUCAUUGGAGUGUGGCUACAAUUUUAAAACGCACUGUGGCCGAACAGAAUGUAUGUUUGAAUGUAAAUGUGAUUUCUCAAAGUACAAAGUAGUUGAUUCAUUUGAACGUGAUUGUUCUAAUUUAUUGCCUGGUUUGCUCAAAUUAGACACUGAAAUGAGUUCAAAACUGGCUAAGGAGGAACAAAAAUUCCAUCACACUGUAAUUGUUACACCUGAAAACAGUAUGUUGUUAAAAUCUAAACGCAGAGAUUGGAAAUCUUCAAGAAAAUACGCGGAGUUCUUUAGUAACAUGUCCCUAAAAAGUGAGUACAAACCCGAAAAAGUAGCAGAACUUGUAAUCGAAAAACUUAAUUUGCCAAAUGUGGAACCAUGGUGUAUGGUCCAUGGUUUAUAUAAAUGUUUUUGUAAAUGUAUAUUCACUGAAAAUUCACUCCCCGAAGUAAAAACCGACGAGGUUAAAGAAAUUAAUGGUGUUAACCAACACAACGACAGCAUAGAUCUAACUGAUGAUGUGGAAAAACCUAAUUUAAGAAGCAGUAGGGCGCGUAUGCCUUCUCAUAGAAAUAUAUAUGUCAAAAAUCCUGUGAAAGACAAACCAAUUGAAAGCUUGCAAACAGAUUGCGCUGAGGUAGUUGUGCCUCAUUGGUAUUCUAGAAGCGCAAGAGUAAAAGCCUUUACAGGGCGAAAAUUCUCAGAUGGAUAUUAUUUUAAUGCAAACAGAAAAAUCUCGGAAAUGGAACAGCACGAUAAAUCACUUCGCAAAAGAUUAGAAUAUCUUUAUCAUGCCAGUACAAGUAACCAAGGACAGUUAAAUUCGAGUAAAGUUAUGGAAUCCGUACCAACUCCUUCAACUCCUUUGCCAACAAAAUCAGUACCUACUGGAUCCCUACCUGCCACCCUACCUCCAUUGCCACCGCUAACAUCAGCCCCGACUAUUAAACCAACCAAUACAACUGAAAAGGCCUUAAAUACAAAAAUAAACUUGUAUACAAAUCGAUUGCCAGACAAGAAAAAAUUAGUUGCAUGGUUAGAAGUGAGCUACAAACAGUACAAACAACGCAUCAAUAGCGGAAUUGUGAAAAUCUCGCUUGAACCACCACAUCUUGGAAAAAUGGCUCUCUAUCCAUGGGAGUUUAUUUUAGGUAGAUACCGAGAUAGAAAAAAUCUGUUUUUGAUUACAACUAAACUGCCUUAUCGCUUAUCCAUGGCAGUAGAUCCACAAAAUCCAUUCUUCAGGCAUUGCAUAAAUAUAAAUGAUAUCCGCUUUGCCGAUUUACCCAAAUAUCCAGUGACUGUUAAAAAUUUGCUUGCGAAUGCAAAUGAUCUAAAAGACAACUUUUGCAUAUUAUGGGGCUUAUCACAUUGUUGGGAAUUAAUUGGUUCUGUCACUAAAGUGUGUAAUCAGGAAGGAGUCAAUGAAAGUAUCCAAUUGAGUGACGAAACUGACGAGGAAUUAAAAAAUAACACUCCGGAAGUGUUGAGUGAUUCUGUCCGCAAUGAUUCGGACGAUUCUAACGCUACGGUUAUAUCACUCGGCCAAUAUCGUGACGAAGAAAAUACGAGCUCAGAUAAAACAAUUGACGAAAAUCAUGAUACGUCAUCAGAUGACUCUUCUAGGUGGUUUGUGAUGACUGUAGAAAAUGACUUUGAGGAGAUUCAAUUUUACAAUAAAGGAUUUUUUGUAAAAUUGGAAAGUAUAAUUAAGGCAAUUGAUGUAGCACGUGCUUCAAAGAAAACAGUACGGUUAUCUUCUCAAAAAUGCGCAGACAAUAGCACUGGCCCACAAUUUGGGAUAUAUGCUAUACCAAACGAAAAUGAGCCGUGCGUGUUUGUUGGUCCGUACGAAAAAGGCGAACCACUUGGUAUAGAGACUGUAAAAAAUAUGUCCGAUAUUCGUAAACAAAGGAGAACCAAAGGCGUAUGGAUUACAACGAAAAAACUCGAAAACUUUAACGUUAUUGACAAUCCCUUGUCAUUCAUGCCGUCAAGAAAUAGUUCAGAGGCUGAAAUGAUGACGCUUGCUGGAGAUUCCGCGAAUACUGAAAAAGGUACUGAUAGUUUUGUAGCAAUGUUAAAAGGCGAUAAUAAACUCACAGGCCAAAAUACAGUAAAACAAGGUUCAACUGAAACUCAUAACUCAAAAAUCUUAAAACCUAUUAAAAUUUGCAAGACUAACAGUUUUUAUCAACUUGCGCCAAAUGGAACUCUAAAACAAAUAUCUCCGCAACACAGCAAUGAACAGAGUCAAGUAUGUAUUCCUACUACGAUUCAACCAAGGGUGCUCAGCGCUCAAGUAUGUGCUCCUACUAGUAUUCAACCUAAGGUGAUAAACGCGUCCCUUUUAAAACGGUCUGACUCAAGCUACGCUCCUUUAUUAAAGACUUCUUCAAUGCUGAAGAGUAUACCCAAACCUACUAUAUGUCACAUCAGAAGAAAAAUUGUUACAGUUCACAAAAGACCAGUCGCUGAAAUUGCGCCUCAAGUGAAACAAUCCAAUAGUCCAAAGAUUGCAGUAGCACCAAGCUCAAAGGAUGAGUCUACAAAAAAAGAAAAAGGCAUGUUUAUUCUCAAACCCGAAGAAAUAAAUAAGAGACUAAUGCAGAGUCAAGUGCCCACGAAUUUAGAGCAUUUAAAUGCACGCCAAUCUGGAUCUGAUACUGGGACAGACGCCGAAUUGGAAAUGGAUAUAGAAAGUUUUCUAGCCACUGCAGAAGAAUGUGAAGCUCCAAAUGAUAAUGUUUUAAUUAUUUCUGAUGAUGAAAUGGAUGGGGGUAGAGGACGGAUACAUUUGAAAGAUGUGUGGAUCGAAUGUAAAUCUAUAGAAGGCUUAGGUUGGAUACGAGGAAGAAAAAACAAUCAAGGCUCCGUGAGUUUUGAGUUUCCUGGAUUCAACUACACAGAAUUCUACAAGCAAGAGGAAGCAUUCACUAAGCUCACUCAAGUUUUAUCAAGAAAAAUCUACAUACCUAAAUCUAUACAUUUGGAAUGGCAUGUAGUAGAAAUAGAAAAGGACCUACGUGCCACGCGUAUGCUAACACAAGAGGAAUUGGGUCCUGAUUUUGUUAUGACUAAACGAGGCAUACAACACAAACAGGGACUGUUACUCGGUAAGCUAUUAAAGAAAGAAAUCGCAGACGACAGCGGAGACAGUAACCCGAGAACUGAGAACGACGUUAGCGACGCUUCUGAUAACGAGGAGGAGCCCAUGGACAUCGCGAGCCUAGAAGCGGCGAGCCAACAAUUAGAACAGGAAGGCGAGGAAUUAUUAAAGACGUUCAAAAGCAGCGCCAGCCACGCCGGUAUUGACCAAGGUCUGACGGAGCUGGAUGGCAUGCGCGAAGAGAUCGCUGCGAGACUUCAGAGCAUGGUGGCUGACACUUAGGAGGAAUGUGGCCGACCGCGCGCGACCGCUUCUCUAUACAAAUGUAGUCCCCAUUUUCCUCUCUGAAUGUUAACAUAAUACCUAUAACAAAUCUAAAAAAGACAUACCUAAAUCAAAUUGUGUAUAAAUAUUUUCCAUAAUUUCAAUAGGUAACGGGAAUCACAUUUGUAUGAAGAAGCGGUAGUCGGCUGUCCUUUUAAUGUUGCAUGUUUCCCUAGCCUGUCAUAUUAUUAUUGUAGAGUUAGAGAACCCAACUCAGGUUUGAAAGACUGCGCUUAUUAAAUAUUUCCGAGAGUCACGCCCUUUUUAAAGCGCGGUACGGAUUUUAGUAUCUUCAUAAAACCCAAGUCUAAGCUUAAAUAACUGGAGUACAAAAAACAGAAUCGAUUAAUAAUGACGAUGAUGCCAAAUACUACCUACAUUUAGCGUUAGAACCGUAGAGUACAGAUAUAUGUAGUGCAUAAUUAUUUUCCAUCGUAUUUUCACGGCAAAAACACGUAAGUACAAAAAGUACCUACUGAGGCUGAUUGAAGUAGCAUAACAAAUACGAAAGUUUCCGAGAAAAUACAAAGGAAAACAAUUAUGCACUACAUAUGUAGGUAUUUUCGUGGCUACAACAAUAGUGGCUAGUGGCUAAGGUGUUCCAAGCCACUUUAUCUACUUAUGCCGCUGAUUGCACAUACAUACAUAUUGGAUGAUAAAGCUAAGUUUGGUGUCUUCUUCAUUACUUUUUUUCUAUAUACCUACUUAAUUGUACAGCGUCACCUCGAUUUUGAUGAUAUGUGCUCUACGUAACAACACCCGGGUUUAAAACACUGCAAGUGUACUAUUCAUGAUUGUUAUUUAUAAUUUGUUUUCGAGAGAUAUAAAGGCGAUUCAGCUCGACAGUAAUAUCAAUAUCCUAUACUUAAUUUCUUGUGCAUAUAUUAGUAUUUAUCAAAUAAUUUAUAUUAUAGUACCUUGAAACAGUAACUAGACAUUAUGAAUAUGUAACAUUAGGCUUUCUCUCAGACCCAAUGAAUGAUUCAUAAGUAGGUACCUAAUUAGACUCCGGUAUGUUUCUGCCGAUAGGGUAUCUUAGACUCUUACCGUCAUUUUCAAAGGUUUCCUUAUCACUUAUCAUGGUUUUGUGUUGAAAAUUACGCUGAUAGUACAUAUACCUAUAUUGUAAAUAAAUAUCUAUUUGAAUGAAAAUGAAAACCUGUUAAGGCGGGGUAAUGUAUGCAAAAUCUAAAGAAGUUGUUUUGUUUUAUGUGGGUGGAUUUUAUGUUGAAAUUUUUAGACUGCCAUAAGAUGUUAAGAUCGAAAGAUUUAUGAAAAGAAUUUGAGUUCUUUUAGACUGAGUCGUCGGUUACAUUACGUAAGUGGAUUUUAACCUUGAGUGUAAAAAAAUCUGUGAUAUUAUUUUGUAACUAUCAACAAUUGGACGUUAUUUUAGAAGAAAUGUACUGGAUAUCCUAUAUACCUAUAAUAAUAAAUUCCCAUAUUCAUAAAUCUUGACAAGCUUCAAUUAGAAAAUUUAUGUUUAUCUUUUUCUUACAAAUACAUAAGACAAAACGAGAGACUAAGCCCCCAUUCGCACGACAGCUUUUUCAACGCGCGUUAAAAAAGCGCUUGAAUCUGUCCGCACUCUAAUUUCGACUUAACGUCCAAGGCUUAAAGUCGAAAAUCCAACAACGCUUGAUAAAAAGCGCCACCGCUGUCGUGUGAAUAAAUACACACGUAUCCAUUUGUGUCAUUCAAACGCUUUUUUAACGCGCGUUGAAAAAGCUGUCGUGUGAAUGGGGGCUUACGAUUACGACAAAGACAAACGAUUAAUAACUAAUUGAGGCUUGUAGCGCGUUUAUAAAUAACGCCUAAGGUCAUCACAAUUUCAACCUUCUGUCAAAAAGUCAUCCAGCAUGUAUUUUCGCUAAACAACGUCUAAUUAUAUACUUAUGUGUACUUUACUUAAUAGAUAUAAUAUGUAUAAAUAAUGGCCAAUAAGCAAUUAUACCUAAGAUUUUUACGUAAAUACAUCGGGGGUUCCCAACCUUUUUUGAAUAGGUAUUAUCACAACAGUCUCGGCUAUCGUCUUUUCGAUUUUGUGGAGGUAAAAAACCGAAAAAUCUCGGGAUUUCUUGGAAAAGCUUCCCCCGUCCACAUUACCCUCCAGCUGUGCACUCUUCCCGUUUCCAAUGGUUGGGAACUCCUGACGUACAGUGAUACGCAGAAUAGUUGAACAUUUUAGUACCUUAUAUUUCUAACCACUGUAGCAAAGAUAUACCUACUAAUUAUAAUAAUUUUGAAAGAAAUACUACAGUAUUAGUAGUAUUACAGUACCGUGUCUUUUGUCAAUAUCAGACUAGGUGCUAAAAUGUUUAGCUAUUAAGCUAGUAAUGUCUUAGGUACAGUCGGCAAAACUAUUAGCUUAUCAUCCCUGCAUACAAACUCACUGAUGACUUGAUGAGCGAAUAGUUUUGCCGAUUGCACUUUGCGGGGUGGGGCUGUUGUCUGAAACUCAAACACAAACAGCUGUAGGUACUUACUCCUCGUAUUAUCUACAAAAACUAGUCAAUAUAAAAAACACAUAUUUAAUACCUAGCGUUGAAAAUGUCGGAAAAAAUCAAAUGAUUUUUUCGGAAAUUUAUGAAAUUUUCGUUUUUUUUCCGUUUUUUUCGGAUUUUUAAAGAAAAAAACCAAUAAGUCAUUACAAUGACAAUUCGUCAUUACGAAUGUGUCAUUACACAACUUUGACAACUGAACUGAACUGACACCGAUCCGAUGUCAAUGGCAAAGUAAGUCUAUAAUCAUUCACCUACUCACCAGUAUUAAAAAAAAAUAACCGAUUGAAACCUGUUUAAAAAGUUUGUUUUUUUUUUCAUUUUUUUUCGGAAAAAUUGAAGCGGUAAAUCUCAUGGUUUUUUCCGUAAAAAUCCGAAAAAAACGAGCCGUUUGGAAAGAAACGGGAUUUUUCCGGAAAUUUUCAACGCUAAUAAUACCUGUAGUUUUCCUGAUCUAUGCAAUUGUUUUUAAAUAUUUACUUAUGUUAUAUUAAAAUUUUAAUAGGCGCAGAUGGACGUAAUAGUUUGCUUUAAAUAAUCUCCGUUUAUUUAUAAGCGAAAUGAAAAAUAUUAUAAUAGCAAUUUUAACAGUUGACGGUACGUAUUAUGCGGUAACUUUCCAUUAGUAAUAAAAUUCUAUAAGCGUCACGCAGUUAAUUUAUGUUUUAGCUACACUUUUCUUACAAAUACAUUACUUUGUCAAAAACAAUACACUCCUUUUUUGGGCAGUCGUGUAAAAAUACAGAUUAAAGGGCGUUGCACCAACCAUAAUUAACAGAUUGAUCAACAUCACGCAGCAGAGAACUAUGAAAGUUCCCAUACAAUUAAAUAUCGCGAAUGAUUUACCUAACUGUGACAGACGUUUUGGUGCAACCGAAUCUAAGACGAGCGAUUAAUAUCUAAUAGAAUAGAGGGUUGCAGCACUUGUAGCACAAUAAUGAAUAACGCUAUCUGUAUUCAAGAACUAACGUAUAAAUUGACACCUUUUCCAAUCACAAACGUACCUAUAUGGCACCGUACAGCGCCAUCUACCUACCUACUAUAGUUGUCAAAAUCUUUACUCGUCUCCAUUCCUUUGUGUAAGUCCUGAGUUGAGCUCGAGUUGAGCGUGCACGGGGCGGGGCGUGCGGCGUGCAUGUUAAACAAAUGCAAACGUAUAGGAGCGGUCUUAGUGCACGCUGCUCAAAUCACUUGUGAGCCCGACGCCACGCUGCACGCCCCGCCGAACGCUUCGCUUCGAGCGUCCACUCAGGCCUUACAGUCUCCAGUCUAUACCGAGAGCAGACAACAUGCUUGCCCCAAGUUGUGUGAAUGUAUCCCUGUCAUUGGCGUUAAUUAGGUUAUUUUAAAUGUACAUACAUUGCAGACUGAUUUUAGAAGGUUUGAACACUAAGUUCAGACAAUUACCUUGUCAGAUAAGAGUUAAUAAAACUACACUCAUGAAAA